AUGCUCAGAUACCUACAAAGGGCCAUCAAGAACUGUCUUCAUGGAGUUCUUGCGUUGCUACUGGCCGAAAAACGAACUUUAGCAGACAUGAAGACGGGGUUGAAAGAAACUGCACUACAUAUGGCAGCGAACGAGAACUGCGCUUUUGCGGCUCGCAGGCUGGUGGAUGUCGAUGCCAAUCUAGAAGCGGUUACGAAGUAUGGAUGGACCCCGUUGAUGGAGGCGAGUCGAUUUGGGCACGAAAGUGUCAUUAGAAUUUUGGUUUCAGCAAAAGCUGCGAUAGACUAUCAAGGGUUUCAUGGUUGGACGGCCUUACAUCUUGCGAUACGCUUUGGUCACCCGAAAGUUGCACAACUGCUACUUGAAGCGGGAGCAAAUCCCAACUUACAGGAUAAUGAUAGGAGCUCUUCUGGAUGCGGAAAGGUGAAGGCCUGGGGUGCUAUUUGA